AUGACGGAUUAUUAUCGCAACGUGGAUCUGGAACAAGGCCAUACUUAUGAACUUCAAUACACAUCUAGCAACCCAACAGCUAUACUCAACAAAUGCCGCGAUAUCAAUACCGAAAUCGCAAAAUUGCGCCAAAAGCGCGAGAGACAGUUGCACGCAGCGCAGCAGGCAGUCCUCGAUUCGACCAAUAGCGCAACAGAUCAACAAACCCGUCGCAAGCUCGACAAUGUUGAGUCCGAGAUUACGGCAGCUUUGCGCCAGACCCGGGACAUGGUGGCCGACCUAAAGCACAAGUUGCGCAGCAAUCCCGAUGGCUCGGCGGCCGUCCACACUCAGGUCGGCUUACUCGGCAGGAACCUGCAGGAGGAAGUCAAACAAAUGCGCAAGUCACAGAUGGUAUUUGACCGGACCCUCAGGGAGCAAGUUCGCAGGCGAUAUGAGAUUGCAAAUCCCGAUGCCACAGCGGAAGAGAUUGAUUCUGGUGUGGAAGGCGUCAUCAGCGGACAGACGCAAGCUUUUCAGAUUCAAGGUGCACGGAGGCAAGAAGCCUCUGACGCUCAAGCUGCCGUCGCCAACAGAUCCGUAGCCAUUCGCAAGAUCGAGCAAGAUCUAAUUGAAUUGAGCCAUCUCUCACAAGAAGUGGCCAUCCUUGUCCAGCAACAGGAGCCUCUCGUUGACGAUAUCAACAAGAAUGCGCAGGACACUGCCGAGAACACGGCCAAGGCAAAUGACCACCUCGUUAAAGCGAUUUUCAGCGCGCGCAAUGCUCGCAAGUACAAGUGGUAUAUUCUGUUUGUGUGCCUUCUUAUCCUUGCCAUUGUCAUCGCGGUGCCCAUUGCGUGGUGCGAGAUUAACCAUGCAUGCGGUGCCAAAUGA